GUAACGAUCAGGUGUUUGACUAAAGGGGAGGAGCGAGUACGAUUUACCACUGUACCGGGCUACCCAGAGAGGUGCUCGGUACGAUUAAAAUAAAAGAAAUGUCCUGGUGAAAGAGUUUUCUUGUUGGGUCUCGAUGGCCUGAGGUGCCGAUUCGGCCUUGUUGUGCCUUCGCUUCAGUACCGCGUACGACGGGUCUACAGUGAUCAUGGCCUCGUUCUUGCCAUCUCGUCCGGCUGCAUACUUCGUCUUGUCAAGCAUCAUUUUGUUGCUGUUCCCGGCCGCUGUCAUUGCGUCUCAGGGCGACAAGGAGCCGGUUUACAGAGACUGUGUGAAGCAGUGUGUCCGAACAAACUGCACCGGGGCUCGACUGAGAGGGUUUCAGUCCAUUCAGCCACGUUAUAUGGCACUAACAGGCUGGACGUGUCGCGAUGACUGCCGCUACCAGUGCAUGUGGACCACAGUGGGGUUGUACCAGGCCGAAGGGUACAGAGUGCCUCAAUUUCAUGGCAAGUGGCCGUUUGUGCGCUUCCUGUGUUUUGAGGAGCCGGCGUCUGCCCUGGCCUCACUGCUGAACGGCCUGGCCUGCCUGCUAAUGUUACUGCGUUACCGCAGCACUGUGCCACGCCAGAGCCCCAUGUACCACACCAUCAACGCCUUCUCCUUGAUCUCUUUGAAUGCCUGGUUCUGGUCUACAGUGUUCCACACCCGGGACACUUAUCUCACAGAGAAAAUGGACUACUUCUGCGCCUCUGCAGUCAUUCUCUACUCCAUCUACUUGUGCUGUGUUAGGACAUUAGGGCUACGCAGGCCGGGGGUGUCCAGCGUUGUGGGAGUGCUGCUCAUCCUAGUCUUCACCUCCCAUGUUUCCUAUCUCACCUUUGUCAGUUUUGACUAUGGCUACAACAUGGCUGCCAACGCCACCAUUGGAAUGGUGAACCUGCUGUGGUGGCUGUGCUGGUGCUGGCAAAACCGGCGCACGCUCCCAUACUGGUGGAAGUGCGGGGCGGUGGUGCUGCUGCUGCAUGGCCUGGCCCUGCUGGAGUUGCUGGACUUCCCCCCACUCUUAUGGGUGCUGGACGCUCACGCUGUCUGGCACCUCAGCACCGUGCCCGUCCACUUCCUCUUCUAUAGUUUCUUAAUAGAUGACAGCCUGCACCUACUCAACACAGAGAAAACUGGGGUCAAGCUGGAGUAGGAAGAGCCCAGCCACACAACCCCCCCUCUUCCUGUGCACUCCUCAAAUCAGGGCAGCUGGCACCAGAAGGGGACAGAGCUCAGUCUUCAUCGCAACCUGCACUUUUCUCUGCUGUGUAUUGCAUUCCAUGGGUGUACAAUUCAUUUUAUUUCUUGUUUUGAGAUUUGUAUGUAUUUUGGCUUUAUUGAAACAUUGCAUUCACUAAGCUUUGCCUUGUAGAGACGGGUCCAACAGAGCCCCGGUUAGCCACACAGUGUUUUUCAAAUGGUUGUUAUUUGAUUUCUCUCUGCACAGUUUUCCAGAUGCACAGAGACUGUCUGAUCCCAGUGGACUGCAUCGCUUCUGGUCUCUCUCUCAUCUGCAUUCAGCCAAAAGAGGCAGACCGGAUGUAUAACUGUCUCGGUUGGAAAGGAUUUUACAAUGCUCUAAACUGAUUGGGUGCUACAAUUAUGGCAUUGAUGAUCCACUAUGCAGAAAUGUAAACAUGAGGGUGACUUUUGUGGAUAGCAGAUGACCAGUAUUUACUGUAUGCAGUGGAGGGUUUAGCAUUCAAAAACAUGCUCAGUUGCUCUCCCAUGUAUGAUUGUUCAAAUUGCUUGCCCAUAUUUUAUAAUAAGGAUACCUGGAUUUGUUUCUUAGGUAAGCUAGAGAGGAAGGGAAAGGAGUGGAUUGAGGUGAAGUAUCAAAAAAUAGCUAUUUUGGAUAGGAGUACUUUUUAAGCGUGGAUUUCCAAGUGAAAUAGACUGGGGUGCUGGAAUUUGGCCUUAUUUGGUCCUUGAGCUGCACUUCUGAAUGCAGACAGUAGAGGGCAGCCAUCAAUCUUGUGUUCUGAAAUCACCCACUGUCAUAUUGCCAAUAUAGGGUGAGCAACCUACUUUUGCUUGAAUUCUAUUGCUGCCUUUUUUUUCUUUCUUUUUUUUUUUGAAUGGUUUUGGUUUCAUUAUUCUAAUGUUUGUUGUGAUUAUUGUUUUAAUGCUUAUGACCAUUUGUGCUUUAUUCACUGAUUUGCUCUGUUUGUUUUUUAGUUCUUCGGAGUGCUGGGUGAGGGGUUAACAAAUCUAUUCAUUUAAUUCACAUUCACCUGGACGGCCUUUCUGUUCCUACGAAAAAGGAGAGACAUACAUUUACAGGUGUUGGGGCACAAAUUUGAAAGGACCCGAGAGAAGACAUUUAGAAGGAAACUGAAAAGUCAAGGGAGGAAUGGAGUUGAGACAGAAAGGGAAACAAAAAGGCUGCUGUAAUGAGAACUGGUCUGGUUUGGAGGUCAGGGAUACCAACUGUGUGAGCAAGUUAUGUGGAGUGGGUGAGGGAGGCCAAUAGACCUUUUUUUGCACUUUGCAGCAUAUAUGUUUACUUUGUGUGCGUUCAUUGUGUGCCACAUACCUGUAGUAUGAUGCUGUCUGUCACUGACCAGUUUUACCUCAUAUUUUAAGUCCUGCCCUGUCAAACACGUUUGUGCCUGAUGGUCUUGGUAGGAGGUGUGUCUGUGUGUGUGUGUGUGAGAGAGAGAGAGAGAGCGAGAGAGAGAGAGGAAACCAGGCAGUUUUGUCAUUUGUCAAUUGCAAAUGAUUUAGACAUUUGUGUAGGAUAUUCCUGCAUUGUCUUCACCUUUCUUUUGGCAGAAGUGCCAUUUUCUUUGGUUUUUCUACAUUUUUAAGUUUGACAUCAGUGAAGUUAGGAAUAGAAACACGUUCUUGUUUUGAGAGUUGCCACCAGAUGAGCACAUAGGAGAAAAUUACUGGUGUGUUAGUGUGCUAGUUCACUGAGGUUGUCUAAUAGUUGACUCAUGUGCACUUAUGUCUUGCUGUGUGCGGCUGUCCUUGGAUGCAUGUCAUCUGUGUUGGGGGGGGUGUUCAGAUGACAUUCUGAUCUGUGAAUACAGCAGAGCAUGUUGAUAUGCGGGGAAUAAUCUAUACAGCAUAAUGGCAAAAACUGAAGCCAACUGCAAGAUGUAUCCCAAGAUUCUGUGGACUUUAGUGUGUAUGAAAGCAUGCGACAGAAGUGAGUGAGUGUUGGUGAGUGAGUGCCCCAGCUAUGAAAGAGUGACCAUGGGUAAAUAUAGCUUCACUGAGAGCCUGAGAGAGAAGAGAUAUGUGGGGGGGAGGGGUGACAAGGGAUUGAGGAAUGGUGACAGUGUAUUAUAUCUGCCUCAGACAAGUCUCAGAGAGUUUUUUUAUUCUCUGGCAGUCUGCUUCUGGCUUAUAGUAUGUUUACCCUUCUGCAUGAUAUUCCAUCAGUUAGCUUGCCAUCCUCUAUGAUUAAGAAAAAUAGCCCGGCAGAACCUCUUUUGGUGUUGGGUGUUAACAGUAGAUGGGAUCCUGUCAUAAUUCCCUUGUUUGAUCUUGGGAGAGUCUAAUAAUCAAACCACAGUAGUGUAACUAAGAAGUGUCACAGUCACUCGGUCCUAAAGUAUUUGGAAAUGUACAAAAAAUGUUUGUUGCUUUUUUGAUUGGUGCCCUGUCCCCAGAGUGGUGUGUGAUGUCACUCGGAUGUACAGGAAUUCCCCUGGUGCAGCAGUGCUGAGAAUCCCUCAGAGACUCCUCUCCCCCUCACGGCCGGCCAGCAUGACCAGACACCUCUGGCUCAGUGGUGCCCCCUGCCUGCGGCCCUGUACACUGUAACUCUCCUUGCCAAAUGCAUUCUUCUCCUGUAUGACACCAUGUGGUUGUUUCAAAGCUUUAAGAAUUGAACAAAUAAAGUGUCCUCUGUUAUUUAAAA